GUGAAACUCGACCCUGAAUCGGGUUAGUGCUGAAAUGGGUAAAAUUCCACGCUCGUCGACCAAUUAGCAGCCAUUUUCCUCAUGUACAAGUUGGACAUCAUGACACACAGCAGGACAUUCAUGCUGAGCACGAGCUGAUCUUCAAAUACGGAAUCUAUUUUGAGUUCAGUCACCGCCCAAAGAUAUAAGAUAUUGAAGAACUGCUACUGCUGAAGACUUGGUCACUUGGCAAAACCCGGUAGAGCACUCUCGGCUAAGUUCGACACGCAAACGCAUCAUUCAGCGACAACGAGAUUAGCAUGAUCAGGACCAGGGAAAUGAGAGAUAUCUAGGGCUCUCUUCCUCAUUACAUGGAGCUCUAGCAUAUAAAAGAAGCCCAUGUUCCUGUGCCGGCGGCUGGAAUCUAUCUUAUUGCGUAUGUAACCCCUACCGUGGGUGAAGUUUGAGCUGAGAUGCCCCCCCAGCAAGCAUCACGGGGUAAGAAUGGGAAGCCCUCAGCCCCUUCUUCAGCCCAAACCACAGGCUCGGGCCAGUUCAACAAGAGAAAAAAUGGACCGCAAGACACCAACUCACAAUCGAACCCAAGGGCCGCCAAGAGGAACAAAUUCUUCGACUCACGAAGUAUAGCCGUUCAAAACCAGCAUGCUGCACUGCAAGAUGGCGAGCUCAACGUGCAGUCCUUUGUCAACUCCAUGGCAUUUGAGAUCAAUGCCCUGGACGAGAGCAUGCGUCGAACCCGCGCCUCGGCGACAAGCCGCGCCUUCCAGCGCGUGCCUUUCACCAUGAGACGAAGAACUGCUGCUCAUAAUUACAAAAGGAUACCAAAACGUCUACACAAACGCGCUAAGCGAGAGAUGGCCGAGGACAAUACUCCGACAGUGAACUCAAGGACAAGAAAGCCUAAGUCAUCCAGGGCGCGAUUACGUGCUGAGACGGCACGUAGGUUGGGCAUCCUUGCCAAGCGGAAGCGGUUGCUCAAGAUUAAGAAACAUCUUGGACCCGACAGUGAUGCUAUAGCGACACGCGCUGCUAGACCAAAGAUCAAGAGAAAUGAGCUAAACGAUCUCCCCAUCACUGCGCCUAGAUAUAGGAAACGACAGUCGAACAAGACUUGGUUGCCUACUCACCUGUGGCACGCCAAAAGGGCUAGAAUGACACUCCCUUCAGAGCCUUUAUGGGGAUUUUCCAUACCCCUAACCCCUACACAGAAGAAUUAUCGACCAACUCAUCGGGUUCAGUGGCAGAAGGGCGCUAUAGCUUGGGAUAUGAGCUAUAUGAGCACAGUUAGCCUAUUUGGAAAAGAGAACAUUGUCCAGAAUAUUCUUAAGGACAUCGGUCUUACGCAGGAGUCAUUAUGGAAUGAAAGAGGAUCGCGUUGGAGAUCAGGAGCCGUACAUUGGACUGGCAAUCUGAGCAGAAAAGUCAAGAACGCCGUCUGUGUCAUUGGCCCUGCGACUAUCAUCUGGGACCCUCCGAAAGCAUCUGUUGACACGGAAGCAGACAGUGUGUCCAGACAACUAUUCAUCCGCAUUCACCCAUCUGCUUUCCAUCAGGUAUUUAAUGAGCUGUUACAACUUAUCAGAGCAUACAAGCCGCAGCCAUACAUACAAGAUCUACGACACGAAAUUGGAAGCAUCGAUAUCACGGGACCGGACGCAACUGAGGCUUUACUUGGUGUACUCAAAGCCUCCGUCUCUAGUUCAAAGCAAGUACACGCCUCGAAGUUUGAGUCCUUGUUAGGUCUGAGAGACCCUGCGUCAUUGCCCCUAGGAGCCUUGCUGGCAUUUUCUAUCAUUGAUCCACGUCUCAAAUACCCGCCGCAAAAGGUUCAGCCUCCACCAGCCACAGACAAGCAAUCGCAGACACGUCUCCUCGAAUCCCUCUUCACAUUUCGCAAUGACGAAACUCAUGGACCACAUCAACUGUUUGACCGAGACGUCCGAUUCAAAGCCUCGAAACUUCCGUCUCAGCGAUCUCUAAACCGUCGUCGAGGAAAAAGUGGACCGGGCACUCCUCUCGAGCCAAGUGAUGUUGAUCCCCCAAUCCCCAUCAUGUUACUUGCCACGCGAAAUGCGAACGGCGCGGGAGUACCAGGGACUUGGACGCUCCUACUUCCCUGGAAAUGCGUGCGGGCUGUAUGGUACAGCUUAAUGCACUACCCACUAUCUACCGGUGGCAAUCCGGCCUUCGGUGGACUCGACGAAAUCAGACAGCUGUCAUUUGAGCGUGGCCAGCCCUGGUUCCCAGGGGACGUACCCGGGACGAGCGCUGGCAAUAGCUGGGAGACACGAGAACGACAGGCUAGGUGGAGAACUUGGGAUCGCAAGCCCAAAGGAAAGCGGGUGAAAUGGGAGACUGUCGAUCUCGGCGCCGGGCGUAAAGGUGAAGUCGGCGUGGGUUGGAGCUGCGAUUUCAAAACCCUUUUCAGUAUGGGGGAUUCUUCAACGGGGGAGGAGAAGACGCCCAAUGAUAAAGAUCACGAAAUGGCAGAUGCGCCAGAAGUCCCCAAGUCAGAAAAGGAAAAGCCGACGUCAAAUAAACUUGACGACAAGGCUGAAAUCGAGACCCUUACAGACAAUACUAUCACGCACAUCCCCAAAAACAUCUUCACCACCUUUCUAUCCUCGAAUCAACCUCCAGCCACACUAGCACCUAAUUCCACCGUGACAGUGAACAUAAAGCUCCUCGGGCGAGGCGUCGUAACAUCAUGCGCACGGAUAUACCGUCUACCACGCACCACUCCCCCCUCAGCCGCAAAAACAUCCUCCCAAGCCGAAGUCCCAGCAACCCAGCCGCCUCCGCAAAGCCAACUCGAAUUACCCCCCGAUCUCCGCGCACAAUGGCUUUCUCAACGCCCAUUCACAUCCAACAAUUCCACCAGGAACAAAUCCGCAAAGAAAGAAGACGCAACCCUCACCCCAGAAGCUCGACGCCAAGCCCUCGCGCAAUCCCUCAUUGGCACACCUCCGGCCUCCUUCCUUUCCGCAGACAACACUAUCAACACGUCUCCUUUCCCCACUACCAUCACCGCCAACGCAACCUCGAUAAACGGACACCCGCUCUGUCCCGACGCAGCCGAUCUCAUCGGCUUCGUCACCACGGGCGCGUAUAAUCUGCGCGACGGCCGCGCCGAAGCCAUCGGGAGCAUCACCGCCGCACACGCGCUGCGCGCAUUAUCGGACGAGAACAAGAGGGCGAAGAAGGAUCAUAAGAGCGAGAAGGGCGCGGCGAGAUUGUGCGUUGUUAGGGAUUCGGGGGUGGGCGUCGGGUGGUUGGCUCGGUGGGAGGUUGUGUAGCGCUACUUACCUACCUAGAAGGGAAGAAAAGAAGAAAAGGGGAGGAGGGAAGAGAUAGUGGGAAAAGGUAAUGCGGAAAGAGAAAACGUGAUAACGCGAGUUUCACCAGAUAGUUCUAGUAACUUGGUACCAAACCAGCCUUUCCUAUCUACUUGCCUCUCUUGUCCUCUCCUCUCCAGAUAAAUAAACAGAGAUUGGAUUAAACAUGUUCAUGUUUAUAUGUGUAGAUAAAGCAGAUUCUUGUAAAGAAAGACCUUGGUGAGCAAGAUCACGUAUUUACCGAAAUGGAAUCAUUUAAUAUAACGUGAGAUUCUAUUAUAGAUCAUUGAGAGAGUGUCAGUCUACUUAGAUAAAUCGCAAUAAAUCUUAUUAUAUCUCCGUCA